AUGUAUUCAGACGAAGACGAGAAGAAUGAAUCGAUAGCAAAGAAAAGCACCAAGCCGCUUGUCCCACCCAAAAGAACUUUAGGUCUUUGGAAAACAUGCUGUGCUGGGAUAAUUAUGGGCUUUGUCGCUUACAAUGGAUCAUUCUCUAUUGUUCCAGUUGUCUACACAUCCUGUUCAUUGAUAUUCGGUAGUAAAUCAUGGUUUACUAUAUUAGCGACAGCUUGUGGACAAUUAACUGCUGGUUACCUUCAUACGCAUUCAUCGAGAACCGGUAUGGCGCUUAGUAUACAAUUUUUCCAAGGAUUUUACAUUUCCAAAUCGGAAAUGCGUAAUCGACGGAAGUAUAAUGAAACGCGAUGUCAAAGUCUUCGUCGAUUUUUCAUCACUCAUCCGGUAAAUGCGUUUGUCCUUAGUGGCAUGUGGCAAACAUUCACCAUGUUUUAUAUUUUACAAACAGAAUUAUAUCUUGCCUAUUUUGACAGCGUUAAUAUAUCCAAAGUCGGUGGUGCAAACGCUGUUUGUAGUUCUGAAGAACGUAUUCUCAUUAUUCAAGGUCUGACACGCUAUGUAGCGGGUUGUGUAUCUGGCAUGAGCACCGGAAUGAUCAAUCAUCUUUGGCAACGCUAUCUCGCACAUCGACCAGAACAUCAUGCCGAAAGUAUUGAUACAAAACAACAAAGAUUAAAACUACGAUGGGUUGACCGAAGAAAAUUAUUAAGUCCAUGCAAUAUGGAAAACUGGAUUAAAGUCUCUGUUAUGUUAUUUGGAGCACUGUUCAUCGUUGUAAGUAAUAUACCCAAUUCAACCGGUUUACACUUGUUAACUCUACGGCAGAAGAGAAUCAUAACGGAUAUUUUAGUUAUUAAUGGUGGAUGGUUUUAUUUUCGUGAUGCUGCGAUGCUAUUCUUGAAAAAGGCAGAAAAACCUCCUCGCAUUCCAUUAAACCUAGUUGAUUCGACACUUUCGGCUACGAACAGUAAACUUUUAGAAAACGGCCAGUCAGAGUGUUAA